AUGGGUAAGACCGAGAGCGGCAGCGCCUAUGCCGAGGCCGGUGUCGAUCUGGAGGCCCAAGACCAGGCCCUCGGUCGGGUCAAAGGCAUGCUGCGGUCGACCUACACCGACGGCGUGCUGAGCGACCUGGGUUCUUUCGGUGGCCUCUUUCGGCCCAAUUUGAGCGGUUUUGCGGAGCCGGUCCUAGUGGCGUCCGCGGACGGUGUGGGCACCAAGCUGAUGGUCGCGCGCCGGGUAGGCGACUACUCCACGGUCGGUCGCGACUUGGUCAAUCAUUGCGUCAACGACAUCCUGGUCCAGGGAGCCCGGCCAUUGUUCUUUCUCGACUAUGUAGCUGGCGAGAAGCUCGAGCCGGACGCGGUAGUGCAGUUGGUCGAAGGGGUCGCCGCAGCUUGUCGCGAGAACGGCUGUGCUCUGCUCGGCGGCGAGACUGCCGAGAUGCCGGGCUUCUAUCAACCGGGCGACUACGAGCUAGUGGGAUUCGUCGUUGGCCUGGUCGAUCGGCAGCGGCUCCUCGAUGGCUCGCGGGUGCGGCCCGGCGAUGUUCUGGUGGGUUUGCCGUCCUCAGGCUUGCACACCAACGGUUAUUCGCUGGCCCGCCGGGUCUUUUUCGAGCGACUCGGCUUGGAGGCUGGUGACCGGGUGCCUGGUAUCGACAGUGAUGAGAGCGUCGGCCGCCUGCUACUGGCUCCCCAUCUGUCCUACCUGAAGUCUAUCGAGCCGUUGCUCGAUCACUCAGGGCUGCACGCCCUGGCCCACAUCACCGGCGGUGGCUUGACCGACAACCUGCCGCGGGUCUUCACCGCCCUACAAGAGCACGGUGCGGUUGGAGACGAAGAGAUGCUCCGGGUCUUCAACAUGGGCAUCGGCAUGGUGCUGGUGGUCGACUCGGCGGCUCUGGCGGAGAUCCUCGCCAGUCUUCGCGAAGCCGGCCGGCGGCUCCGGAGUGACCUACGACAUUCCCGACCACAUAUCGAUGCCGGAAACUCCCGACCCGUGAGCGAUAGGGUACGAAUAGCAGUUCUGCUCUCAGGGCGGGGCAGCAACUUCCUCGCCUUGCACGAGGCCAUUGAGCACGGCGAGCUGCCGGCGACAAUAGCUCUGGUGGUCAGUAACCGCAGCGCAGCACCUGGUUUGGCACGAGCUCGGCAGCUCGGCCUGCCCGCAGUCGCAUUGCCGCAGAAGGAUUUCGCUAGCCGGGAUCAGCACGAAGCGCGCAUGCUGGACGAAAUUCGGCGAGCCGGCGCAGAGUGGGUCUGUUUGGCAGGCUACAUGCGGCUGCUGACCCCACGAUUCGUCAGCGCCUUUCCCCAGAGGAUCCUCAACAUCCACCCGAGUCUGCUGCCCGCUUUUCCCGGGCUCGAUGCCCAGCAGCAGGCGCUAGAGCAUGGUGUGCGGCUUUCAGGCUGCACGGUACAUCUAGUGGACGAAGGGCUCGACAGUGGGCCGAUAGUCGUUCAGCGAGCUGUCGCGCUGGAGGAGCAGGACGGCGUCGAGACCCUGGCUCAGCGCAUCCUGACCGAGGAGCACCGUGCCUACCCGGAGGCCCUGUGCCGCCUGCUAACCGAAGAAUGGAAGAUCGAGGGUCGCCGAAUUCGCUUCCGGCAGACCCCUUCAAAAGAUUGA